CGCUCAUUGUCAGGAUGGAUAGUUCUUCCUUGUAGCUGAUGGUUCUUGUGCAACUUGAGCCUGGUAUCAAGUAUAGUGCCGCAAAUAUGAGCUUGGUAGGCCAAGUGUAUAUGAGGCUCGAGAACUGUAACAUCGGUUUCUUCACUUUUCUCUUACUCCUACCUAACCUAGAGACAUUGACAACCAAGUACUCAGGAUCUUCCUCUCACAUCACAAAAGCCACUAUGUCUUUCCUAAAAUCUCCCUCAAGGCGAUUGUUCCUCGCCAAUGAAUUCAAUGGGCAACUUCAGCGACAACCAAUGCCCAUCUGUGUAUCGUUCAAGCCGCAAAUUCGCACCGUGAGCCAGCAGGAACCCAACCUUCGAGGAAGGAGGCCCGGGCCCAAGAACGAUCCAUCAUAUCCUUCAUUCAGUUUCGCUGGUCUGGGCGCCUCUCGGACAGUUAGGGUUACCGUCCUGGCUGCUCUCGGAGUCCUGGGCACCUUAGAGACAAUUUUUUGGGCAAAAGCGUUGUGGCGUUACUUCUACCCGAGCACCGAAGCCACCAGUGAAGAUGAGUGAAAAACGAUACCAAAUAAUAUUCCAUUCCGAUCCUAUCCAGUCAGCUGUGUCGAAGCUUGAACCAUAAGCUGCAGAUCAACACUUUUUCGACCAUGUCAAACCAAACCAAAAUUGCAACGACUGCUCCCUGAGAGUAUAGUGCAAGGCAAGCUCAGCCUCAUAUCACCUCACAAAUCUCAUGAGGGCCUUGGCCGAACUCUUGUUCAUCGGCAUCGUCUUCAUUGGAGCUCGACAAUUGCGCAUCGACAAGACCAAUGGGAUUCGGAAGCAGUCCAUGACAACGGCAUCCUAGAACUGCGUGUCAUGAUUCGUAAGAUACUAAAGUGGGCAGAUGCCGAAGGGAUGCAAUGGUCGAUAAGACUGAUACGAGGGAGAAUCCAAAAGUCGAUGCAUAGAAGGAGUUGCAAUACACAAACCAUUGCUCACUUUCCCCACGGAAGCGUUGUUACACCUGCAUGAACAGAUUGCAGGUGCAUUUUGCACAUCGAAGUAUACGUAUGAUACGUUAGAAGACUGCUUGGUCGGACCGGCUUGACUUUUGGGAAAGUUGAGAGCUGAAUGAAUGUAUGCUUCGAUAUACAAAAUGUCAAAGCCAUGGUGGGCACGAGUUCGCACAACAAAGGUGUUUUCUCUAGACACAACAUGAACCCAAAAAUGUCUCCAUUUGCAUCUGGCAACAUCAAACACUUGCCAUACCAUUGGGAAACCUUGGGGUCGAGAACCAUCGGAUAGUAGCUUUCCCGGGAUCGAAACCUCCCCGUGGUUGGAGUAGGAAUGUAGGACCGUGAAAAGGAGUUUCAACCCCAAAGACGGCAGGUUCUGUUCGUUCGCGUAACAAAUGUCCAACUUUGGACAGGGCCAGUGUAUGGGAGGGUAUUGAAUUUUUCCAGUGGUAACAUUGCUGAGCAUGUAACAGAAUCUCUUCGGAAGGUCUAUAAUUCCACCGGGAAAUGCACGUCGCCCAAUCUGAUGUUGUGAAUGGUACUUAGAGCCCUGAGAGAAAAUCAGGGACAGCUCACAAUACUGUCACGUGUGGUGUGCAACUUGCUGACGAUCAUCGCUACCUUGAUGGACUAGGAUAUGAACGCCUGUGAACAAUCAUUUUGAAAAAUAAUUCAGGAUUGAAGAUAGUCUGCACUAGAAGCGUGGUCGAGGAAC